CGUUCGUUGUUCUUCGAUGUGCUGCAGGCGCUCGAUCUUACAAUGGAACUUCCGACCUACGGAUACUCCAAUGCAAAGAUGCCAAAACGACACUGAACGUGUACUAUCCCUUCUUUGCACAAUUCCAAGAAAGGUCACUUCACCUGACACCCCCAACGUUAACGCAGACCAUCCGAAAUUGCCAAGGCAAAUGGUGAUACUAGUAUCUCCACCUCUCCACCAACACAUCUCACAAUGUCGUCGACGUUCCAACAAUUUGACUUACUGUAUUGUGCUACGGUUCAACUAUGAUAAACACACCCACUAUGACGGUCGCCAUGAGAGCAGCACCGAUUAACAGAGUAUUCUUAUGUUAUGAUUAUUAAGUUUACUGUCACCUUGUUCGACCGAGAAUGUCAUCGUGGUCAGGCUGCCAUCGAUUUGAACAACAUCACCAGACAGACGAAACAACUGACAGCUUACGGGUGCAAGUUUAGCAGAUUCAAGAGCCGUGAAAUUGAUGACGGCAACACGGCUUUGGAAAUGGAUUCCUUCUCGUACAUGACCUAUGACACUCUUGAACCCCCUCAGACCAACAACGCACUACUAGGCAUUUAUGUUGUACGACUGUACAACCCAAUGGUACGAACAAAAAGAAACGCAAGAGCGAAGCACGCCAGCCCACAACUAAAUUUUUAACUUGCCACUCCGAGUGCUCGAUUCUGCCGGAUUUCAAAUUCCAGCUUUCCCUCCUGCGCCCCUUUUUGAACUGGCCGAGCUGGUUUUAGCGGCCGUAGGAGACAUGACAUUCUACUGGGCGCCCCUACUCGGGGCUGACAACCUACUGGGCGGCGCUGCUUGGGGCGGGCCUUUCUUCUCACUUUGCACAGAGUUCUCACAAUUUAUUCAAGAAUCACUUGGAUACGGAAUCUGCUACUAUUACUACUGUCGCUACUGCUACUUACUACCGCCACUUUCAUCAUGUUUCCUUCCGGCAUUCCUCCCAACGGGAACCAACCUUCCGCCGACGCUGCUCCUUCCAGCGCCGCUAUGCCUUCCAAUCAAGGUCCUCCCUUUUCUGGCACCGCUGCCAUGCAUUCCAACCAAGGCACCCGCGAUCCUACGACCCCCAACGGCAAACGGACCAGAACCGUACCUGGCAGUGCUCCGCCCAAGGUCUCUUUCAAGAAACAUCGCGUCGAUCCUCUUCCAGCUGCCAAAUGGGAGAACUGCACCAUCCUCAACCGCUUUGGCAAGCUUGUCGUCGAUGAGCCACCCAAAGAACUCCGCUUGGUGGGCUUCAUGCAAUCUGCUCGAUCUGCGAUGACCACGGCCAUGACUAGUUUUGGACCCCUCAUCACGUUGCCAGCCAACAAGCUCGAAGCCAAUGAGAACGAGUUGCAUGAAGAGUUUCAGCAGUGCAACCGAGAUUGUAUCGUCAUCGAAGAAGACAUUGCCGACACUCUUCAGCGAAAGGAGGCAAUCGUCCUCAGGUGUGAUGCUCUCAACGCCGAGAUGAUGGAGACAUCAAACCGUCUUUCGGAAGCCAACAAUGAGCGUGCCGAGGUAGAGGAAGAACUUGCUGAUUUGCAGCAACUGAAGGAGAAGAAUCGCGGUCGCUCUCUCCUUGUGUCGGGCUGUCUAGAAGUCAUCAAGAUCCGCAACAGCCACCCUUUGUCCUUCGCUAGUUCCAAGCAAGCCCAAACCUACGUCGGAGUGCACUGCUGGGGCGACAUCAAGAAGAAAACCAAAUGUCAGCUCCAGAACGCCCUCCGUGCUCUCUUGAACACACAUUUCCACCAAAGCAACACCUACAAGGCCCUGUGGGAGGGCUGCCCUCCCAACCUUGUGAAGGACCUUGGAAAGAGCCGCGCCAAUCAAGCUUCAGCACCUGUCAUCCACACUGGCUCGGCCGCUACUGAUGUCCUACAGCGUCGACUAGCCUACACGCUUUCCAUCCCACUCCCUGAGGAGGCCUUUGAAGUAAUUGACGAUGGUAGUGACCCCUCCUUCCGUGUGGCGCCCGAUCGUCUUGACACAAUUCUGGAGGAGUCCACUGGUGCUGCGGCUUCAUCCCUCGCUUCGGCUAGCAAGGAUGAAUUCCUUGCAGAGAUGAAGCGCCGCGGCUUCAACGUCUAAAUUGCUUUUUGGUGAAGUUUUCCAUUGGUGUACGUAGAUUGUGAUAGCUACUCUAGAAGUCUUUCUUCCC